AUGAUGACGGGAAGCAAGUUCGUGGGGGUGGUGGCGCUGCUCCUGGCCUGCACGGCCGCGACGUGCACCGUCUCCCACGCCGGCCGGACUUCUGCUCCUGCGCCGGCCCCCACCACUGCCGCCGCCGCGGCGCAGCAGCUGGGCCUGCCGGGGCUUCCCAUCCUCCCCCCCAUCUUCGGCGGCGGCGGCGCCACCGACCCCGAUCUCCUGCAGUGCGUCAAGUCUCUGCUUGGCGCAGCGGACUGCGUCACCGGCCUUCUUGGGUCUCUGAUCAGCGGGAAGAUCGACCUAACGGCCGGUUGCUGCGAUGCCAUCGAUGGGCUGAGCGAGCGCUGCUUCUCCGAGAUAUUCGCCGUCCCCGUCUUCGGCUCCGUCUUCCCCGGGAUGGUCAAGUCCUUCUGCGCCUCGCCGGUCCCCAGCCCUCCCUUCGCCUGA